UUUGAAGUUCUUCUCAGCAAAAUUACGUAAUUUAGUGCAAUUACAUAUUUAUUGACUCUUUGUCUCAUUUAAGGUUUAUUAAUAUCUCUCAUCAUGGGAAAACACUUCGGUGAACUCGCCAAAAUCCGGGGAUUGAUAACAUACAAAUUAUCUCCCCAUGAGCAAAGAGCCUAUGCUGGCGCUAUCAAAAAUGGACUACCCAAUUUCGUCCGAAGAUUUCGCGAGAGCGUUUUUAGAGUGGCACCUCCAUUCAUUGUCGCUUAUUUAAUUUAUGAUGGUGUUGAAAGAGAGCACCAUAGGCUGUCCCGCAAAAAUCCAGCUGAUUUUGAAAAUGAUCAAUAAGUUAAAGAUGAACAACUGAUUCAAUCAAAUAAAUCAAUAAUUGUAGUUUAAGUUAAUAAAUUAUGUGAAAUUUUUUGUUUUA